AUGACAUAUGAAGAAUUUAAACAAACUAAACUAUAUAAAUAUCCAGCCAAAGUGAUAUCAUUCCUAAUAGGACAAUGGUUUUUUGUCUUUUUAGGUGUCUUCAUUGCAUUAGCUCAUUCCUUCCCCAAUUUUGCUAGACAAGGUGGUUUAAUACGAGCAGAAUAUACAAUCAGUUAUGGAGCAGUAGCCAUAAUUUUCUUAAUUAGUGGAUUAUCAAUGUCAACUAAAUCAUUAUUAGUCAAUAUAUCCAAUUGGAGAGCUCAUUUCACGGUUUUAUCAAUGUCAUUCUUAAUUACAAGUUCUAUAAUUUAUGGAAUUGCCACGGGGAUUAAAAUUUCAAAUAAUGCUCAGAUUGAUGAAUGGUUAUUGGUUGGACUUAUUGUAACUCAUGCAUGUCCAACUACUGUUUCUUCCAAUGUGGUUAUGACAAAAUUAGCUGAAGGGAAUGAUAUUCUUACAUUAUGUGAAGUUUUCAUUGGGAACGUGCUUGGUGCUUUUAUAACUCCAGCAUUAUUACAAUUAUAUAUGAGAGGGACAUGGGGUUUUGGUAAUCCAAGUCAUCAACCUCAGGGGGAUGCUACUAUUCAAGAUUUAUAUGCUCAAACCAUGAAACAAUUAGGAUUAUCGGUAUUCAUUCCAUUAUUUGUUGGUCAAUGUAUUCAAAAUAUAUUCCCCAAGCAAACUAAAUGGGCAAUGUCAAUUUUCAAAUUAGGGAAAGUUGGAUCAUUUAUGUUAUUAUUGAUUAUGUUUCAAUCAUUUUCCACGGCAUUUUAUCAACAAGCAUUUGAACAAGUUUCACAUGUUUCAAUUAUCUUUUUGGUAUUUUUUAAUAUUGGAAUUUAUUUAUUCUUUACCGUUAUAACUUAUCUUUAUGCUAGACCAUAUUUUAUUAAAGUAUUCUUUUGGCAAGAACCAAAUGAACAUUCAACAAGGUUAUAUAAAUUAAGUUAUAUGUUUUUCCGUCCAUUUUAUUAUGAUAGAAAAGAUACUGUGGCAAUUAUGCUUUGUGGACCAGCUAAAACGGCAGCAUUGGGUGUAUCACUUGUUUCAUCUCAAUAUGGAGCUCAUAAUCCAAAAUUAGGGAUUAUUUUAGUUCCAUUAGUUUUAUAUCAAGCUGAACAAGUUAUGACUGCAAAUGUUUUAGUUAAUUUUAUGAGGAAAUGGAUUCAUGCUGAAAAUAAAAAACCAGAUAUAGAGAAUCAUAGUGAGGACAACGAAGGAGAUAUUCAAGAAGAGGAAGCGAAUGAUACUGAAAGUCAUUUAGACCAUAGCUAUCAGAGAGAAACAGUAUCUCAUGACUCUGGAGAUAAAAAAAGUUGA